GAAGGUGGUGCUACCUCCAAGGGCCGGAGCGGGUGCGUGGGACCGGGAUCUCCACCCCAGGGCGCCCCAGCCACAGCCAGCUGGCCGCUCGCGACCAAAUCCCCGCCCGCAGACCACGCCCACAGGUCACGCCCCUCCCAACCCGCCCCGCCCCUCCACCGGCGCCCGCCGCUCCCGGGGCUCGGCGCGGGCCUGGGGAAUCGGGAGCCCGCCGCCGGGGUCGCAGCAUGGGGCGUUUUCGCGGGGGCCUGCGGUGCAUCAAGUAUCUGCUGCUCGGCUUCAACCUGCUGUUCUGGCUAGCCGGAUCAGCCGUUAUUGCAUUUGGACUAUGGUUUCGAUUUGGAGGUACCAUGAAGGAUUUAUCAUCAGAGGACAAGUCCCCAGAGUAUUUCUAUGUGGGGCUGUAUGUGCUGGUUGGUGCUGGGGCCCUGAUGAUGACUGUGGGUUUCUUCGGGUGCUGUGGAGCCAUGCGUGAGUCACAGUGUGUGCUCGGAUCAUUUUUUACCUGUCUGUUGGUGAUAUUUGCUGCUGAAGUAACCACUGGAGUAUUUGCAUUUAUAGGCAAGGAUGUAGCUAUACGACAUGUACAGAGCAUGUAUGAGGAGGCCUACAGCGACUACCUUAAAGACAGGGCAAGAGGAAAUGGAACUCUCAUUACCUUCCACUCAGCAUUUCAGUGCUGUGGAAAAGAAAGCUCUGAGCAAGUCCAGCCCACGUGUCCAAAGGAGCUCCCAGGCCACAAGAAUUGCAUCGACAAAAUUGAAACCGUAAUCAGUGCUAAACUGCAGCUCAUUGGAAUUGUUGGUAUUGGGAUUGCGGGUCUCACGAUCUUUGGCAUGAUAUUCAGCAUGGUGCUUUGCUGUGCAAUACGGAACUCACGCGAUGUGAUCUGAUGAUACUUCAUCAGGAAAAUUGCAAUCUAGAGUUGUCGUGCUAAUUAUCACAAGAGCUCUCUCGGCUCGUUUUUAAUAUUCAGGAUAUUAGAAGCUAAAAUAAUUUUCUGUCAACUGUAUAUUUGCACAUGUAUGUAAGUCUGACUCAUUACUGAUUUGCCCCUUGAGUGAAUGUCUGUUUCUGGUAUAUGCAUUGCACAUACUGAUAUCUGUUUCCUGGGAAACCCUAGUUCUUGUAUGCAAGAAUAACCUAUUUAAGUACCAGAAAAAAAGCAAUGAGAGAUUUUUAAAACUCGGCUAUUCAGGAAAUGUAAUAAUGGGUCCAUUUCUCAGAUUUUAGCCAUGAAAAUUAGAUACAUAAAGAGAAUGCAGGAUUUCUAGUUAAUGGAAGCAAUAAGAUAGAAGAAUUGAAGGGCCAUAGAUUGACUGUGUCUGAGUUGAGUGUAAAGAUUUCUUGAAAUAUAUAUAUAUAUAUACAUAUAUUCUCCCCAGAAUCCAGUAAACCACAGUUUUAGAACUAAACACAUCUGUAAAAGUAAAUAUAGCAUGGAAAAAUCUAAUUCAAAAAAGUCAUGUUUUCUUAGCAUUUAAAAACAGAAAGCCUCUCUCUGGAAAGAGAAGUCACGCAGACAGACAAGCAUGUGCCCCAGAAAAGUGAGUGCUUUAAAGACUAAAACUAACAACUUUGAAGGGGGAGAAACACUGCUAUAGGAUGACAUGCAAACGUUGUUUUCUCCCUCUUCUCUGCCAACUCUGCUUUGAACUAGUGAAGGCCUCGCCUUCCCACAAGGCCUUUCCUUCACCCUCCUUACUGUUUUUUUCAGAUGUGGUGACAGAGGAAAGCAGGCACUGUGCAGCGUGACAGUGGGGGACUCUGGCUGGCACUGUCUGUACCUCUGGAAUACCUCAUGACUUGAGUUUACAUACUUUCCUAAUAUUUUUCCAUUUUUCUUAUUUAUCUGUGCAGAGAAUUCUUUAUAGAUUAAGAACAUAGUUUUAUUCUUUAAAAUAAAUAAAUCGCCCCAUAACUCAGAUAUUAUGUUAUGAGUACCCUGUCUAAACCAAUAUAAACACCUUCUUCAAUAUGUAUGCACACAACAAAGGCAAGUUAAUGGAUCAAAAGUACUUUCGUGCAUACAGCUGCAGCACAACUAUAUUCUUUCUCAGCGAACCCCUGUGGGGAUGAAUAGAUGCUCAGGUUCUUUGGGAGCCUGAGUGAUUGAUUUUAAGUGGGGAAACCCAGGCACUGCUCGGCCUUUUGGCAGCAAGUGGGAAACCCCACAGCAGGGUCGAAAUUGAUGUAUUUGUCAUAAUGGAACAGCGUAUAAAGGAGUCUUAGGAUUAUAUUGACCACAUAAAAGUGAAGGCAUGAGGAAUUCUGGAAACCGUCAGGCUAGCUUCUAUGUCCGCUAAGAACCUAAGACUUUGGUAUGUGCUAGAACAAAGUGCCAUGCUUCAGGAAACUUUUACCAAGUGUUUUGCUGAGGACACACAACUCCUGGGAUGUCUCACCCACAGAGCGCCACCUCUCUCUUUUUCAGAUAUUCUUGCUACUGCUACUAGCUUUGGAGAAAAAAACUGAGGGAGUUAAAAGUAUAACUGUGUAUGACUACUUUACCUAUGUAUGCAAAAGUAUUUAAAAAAAAUCACUCUGUGAUGUUUAUACCCCAGUGGUUGACAAAUGCCAGCUUUUUAAGCAAACAAAGAGUGAUCAGUCCUUCUUAUAGCUUUAGUUUAUCUGUCUUCCUGAAGACAGAGAACAGGCUCAAGUGUGUACUCAGGUUCCUCCAGCUCAGAGUUAUUUCCCGUUCCUCAGAAGUGAGUUUCAUUCCCUGGGUGAGUGAAUAAGUUUAAGGAAAACCACAGUAACUAUAGACAGAAGAGUAAAAUAAUUUUUUAAUGCAGAAGAAUAAGUCUAGAAACCCAUGUCCUGUGUGAUUACCUCUCUGAGGGUGAAGCUUUCCAAAGAAUGUGCUGGGUAAAAUUAGAGAAUUCCAUCUUUGAGUAAAGAUGGAUAUAUAUCUUUAUGUGAAUGGAUAAAGCUAUAUCUAUAGAGAUAUAUAACCCCUAUGUCCUGAACUUAUACAUAUCUUAAAUACAUAUCUCUUAAGGCUAAAGAGAUAUGUAAUUUAAUACAUGUGUACCCGUUUGAAACUAUGGAGAUAAAUGUUUGUAUACAUACACAUGUACAUGUAUAUACAUUUACAGUUAUUUCUGUUUACCUGAACUAAUUUGAGAUCAGACCCAAACAUUUUAAGUUAUUUUAAAUUAAAUUUUCUAUGUACUUACACUGCUUGAGUUAUCUUAAAAUCUUAGUGUAUCUUCUUAACAAGUUCACAUUUUCUUAUUUAAAUGUGUUACCUACCAAUUUACCCAAACAGUAUAGUAAAAACAAACUGGUAAUCCUUUCAUGCUGUUGUUGUGCAGUGGGUUCAAAAGCAACACCCCUAGGGUUCUAAUUACAUAUAGUUGCGUUUCAGCUAACACCAGUUCACCCAAAUUGUUUCUCCUUCCUCCAGAAAAACUUGGUUACCUAUGGCUUAGCCUUUCGAGUUAAUCCUGGGUCCAGUGUGGUUCUCCUGUACCAACAGCCAUCGUUUCCCUCUGAGGAAUCUAACCGAUGUAGCUGGGUGAGAAUGAGACCCAGAGAAAGAUGAUAAUAAUCUCAAUAAUAAUCAAUAAAGAAGAUAGCAUGUUCUCCCUUCUGAAAUAAGUUUUCUGAAUAUUCAAAGGGUAUUUGCUCUCUUGUCAUAGGUGAAGGUGGUUUCUAUGGCCCAGAGGCAAGCCACUAGUACUCCCCACAGCCCAGCUUUCAAGGCCCCACUGGCAUGCUCUUGAACACCAAGCCCGUUUCCCCACACCCAGGAAAGAGCAAUUUAUGUCUCUUGAGGGUAGAACCAGCGUAAGCUCAUCUGAAUCAAGUUGGUUUUUGUGUGGAUUUUAAAGACUAAAGAUUUCCUACUUUCUUUAAAUAUCCUCCCCCCCCUUUUUUUUUACUAUAAAAGGUAUUUUGUAUAUAGAUGUCUUUUAAAAGUGAAAAUACUACAGCAAUACAAAAUGUUAUUGUUUGGUGUCCUUAUAACAAGCAAGGGAUUCACAGUUCAGACGCUGCCCCCUGGAAACAGGGAAGACACAGCAAGUACAAGUAACAUGCCCUGUGCUUCCCAGAGCUUGGCUGCAGAAAUGUGGAGUUAAUACAACAGGAACCUUUUUGUGUGUUUUGUGGUGUUUAUCCUGUAUAUUUUGUGAUUUCUUUUACUCCUAUUAAACAACAAAAAAAAAUUAGUUAAAGAAAUUUAAAUUGCAUGUUAAUUAUUAAAUAAGUCAAUAACCAAUAUAUAAGUACUUACAAUACAGAGGAACUACUG